AUGACGGAGAGUCCUGCAAACGCGACAUUCGGUGACUAUGACAACGGUACUGAGACAUAUAUCGAUGAUGACGGCUUCUGCAUCAUGGAUCCGGACCCCAGUGAGGUCAUCGCCCAGACUUUGAUCCACUCCAUCAUCUGCGGAUUCGGCCUGAUUGGCAACGUCCUGGUGAUGGUGACCUACAUCUUCUACAAGAGAACCAAGACCAUGACGGACGUCUACCUCUUCAAUGUGGCCGUGGCCGACCUGAUCUUCGUGGCUACGCUUCCGUUCGUCAUAUACAACGAGCAGCACGAUUGGUCGAUGGGCAGGGCGGCCUGUAAGGUGCUCCGGUCGUCCUACAGCAUUAACCUCUACAGCGGCAUGCUGCUGCUCGCCUGCAUCAGCUGCGAUCGGUACAUCGCGAUUGUUCGGGCGACGCGCUCCUUUGGGGCACGCUCCCGCGCCCUCGUCUACAGCCGCCUGAUCUGCUCGGCGGUUUGGGUGUUUGCGGUGGCGUUAACCCUGCCCACGCUCAUCUACACCGAACCCUAUCAAGAGAACUCCGAGGUGUCUGACCACGCCACCGUGAUGUGUCAGAUGUCUUUCGACCAGACUGAAACUGCGGCGCUCAUGAAGCUGCUGGUACCCAGCCUCCAGAUGGCCGUUGGCUUCCUGCUGCCGCUGUGUGUGAUGGCGUUCUGCUACUCCUGCAUCAUCUACACGCUGCUGAGGGCGCAGAGCAACCAGCGGCACAAGGCCGUCCGGGUGGUGUUGGCGGUCGUUGCGGUCUUCAUUGUCUGCCAUCUUCCGUAUAACGUGACCCUGCUGAUCCACACGCUGUCUCUGUUCAAGCAGAGGAGCUGCGACGCAGAGAACCUUAAACUCAAAUUUCUCAACACCUGCAGGAGCAUCGCUUACCUGCACUGCUGUCUCAAUCCCUUCCUCUACGCCUUCGUCGGGGUCAAGUUCAGGAACCACUUCCGCCAGAUCAUGCUGGACCUCUGGUGCUUCAGCAAAAGGUACAUCUACACCGCUCGCUCGUCACGUGGCACGUCUGAGAUCUGCAUGUCAGGGCUGAAGUCGUCGGAAGGCUCCAACAACAUGUCGUCAUUCAGCGCGUAACACUUCAGCUAUGAAGGGA